GAUGGAUCCAGUAAUGGGAACCCACCAGAGAGAUGUCCCCGUCCUCUGUAUUCCCGGGACUCCACACAGGAACAUCAGGAGGAUCAGGGUACAGAUAUUGUCACUAUUAAAGUGGAAGUAAAAGAAGAAGCCGAGGAUAGUGAUGGGAGGGAUGAUGUGUCGUGUAAGGAGGAGGAAGGUCCUCCAAAGAUCAGCACAGACACUGGAGACACUCAGAGAGACUUCAAAUCUGAGGAGGAGGAGAUAAGAUGUGUGAAGAUUAAAGAAGAGGACAUUCCAUUGGAGAUCAGUACAGAUGGAAGAUACCGAAAAUAUAACUCAGAGGAAAGUUCCGCCUCCUCUCUAGAUAGUGAAACAGGAGAUGAUGACAUCACAGCCGCUUCUCCCUCAGAAGACCCCAUUUCCUCAACGCUCCACCAGAGAAUUUCGUCCAAUCAAAUUAAUUCCAUCAUCCACCAUAUACUUCCAAGAGAGGCUGAAGAAUUUCCAUGCUCUGAAUGUGGGAAACGUUUUAAAAAGAGGGGCAAACUGACUGUACACCAAAGAUCCCACACCGGUGUAAAGCCCUAUUCGUGUCCAGAAUGCGGAAAGUCCUUCACAGAAAAGAGAAACCUUGUAGCACAUCAAGGGACCCACACGGGCUUGAAGCCGUAUUCGUGCCCUGAGUGCGGAAAAUGUUUUUCCGAGAAACGUCCCCUUAUUCGACACCAAAAAUGUCACACCCAAGAGAAGUCCUAUUCCUGCUCGGAAUGUGGAAAGAGUUUUGCGGUGAAAUCGUGUCUGGUGAAACACCAGAGGACCCACACGGGGGAGAAGCCCUUUUCCUGUUCCGAAUGUGGAAAAUGUUUCGUUCAGCAACACCAGGUCAUCAGACACGAAAGAAGCCACAGAGGGGAGAAGCCACACUCCUGUCCCGAAUGUGGGAAAUGUUUCACUGAGAAAUCCUCUCUCGUUGCUCAUCAAAUGCUCCAUACAGGCCGAAAGCCCUUUACGUGCUCGGAAUGUGGGAAAUGCUUCGCUCUGAAAGCAGACCUCAACAAACAUGUCAGGACUCAUACGGGACUGAUGCCACACUCGUGUUCUCACUGCGGCAAAGGUUUUCCCGAUAAAGCCAAUCUGGACCGACAUGAACGAAUACACACGGGCCAGAAGCCUUACCCGUGUUCAGUAUGCGGACGAUGCUUUGCCCAAAAAGCCGACGUCAGCAAGCACGAGAGGACCCACAUCCAUGAGAAGCCAUAUUCAUGUUCUCGGUGUGGGAAGAGUUUCCCCGAUAUGACUCGCCUACAGCGGCAUGAGAUAGUCCACACGCGCCAGAAGCCGUAUUGUUGCUCUCUCUGCAGAGAAAGCUUUUCAGAUAAAGCUCGUCUCAACCGGCACGAAACGAUUCACACCGGUGAGAAGACUUGUUCCUGUUCUUACUGUGGGAAAUUUUUCGCUCAUAAGGCUUUUCUUGCUGCGCACGAGAGGAUCCACACGGGGGAGAAACCUUUCCCCUGUUCCGUCUGCGGGAAACAUUUUGCGCAGAAAUCCAACCUGGCCACGCAUGAAAGAACUCACACGGGUGAGAAACCGUAUUCGUGUUCUGUGUGUGGGAAAUGCUUCGCUCAGAAAUCCAAUCUGACCACCCAUGAGAGAGGGCACACAGGGGAGAAGCCCUUUUCUUGUUCAGUAUGCAAGAAAUGCUUUGCCAACAAAUCUAACCUCACUACCCAUGAGAGAACUCACGUGGGAAGUUCCCUUGGUUCUUCCAUUGACCAAGAGAAGGACCUAGUUACUUAA